UUGGGUAAUAAAUUUGUAGGAUGGGUCACGCGUUCCGGUGUACUAUCUUACCUGAAGCUAGAUAAGGCAUGACUGGAUUGCUUUUGUGAAGUCGUGGUUAUGCUGACUCGCGUGCUUCGCUCGAGCAAGUUUGUUUCUACCCGCGGCGCCCAUGAGGCGAGAUGGGGGAUGGGGCCGAGACGCGCGAACAACGAACAGUGGGGGCUGAUCAGAGUUUCCCCCGCCUCAUCACAACUCCACCUUUCCGUCACGACCACCGGCGAUUAACGGCCGGGAUUGCGUUUUGGCCCUGAAUAGUAUCAAGUCGGUGCAUUAGAGCGUUUGCACUGUUCGUCCGAGUUAGUUUGAGAUCUUCUCUAUGUUGAGGAUGUGGAAUGGAUGUUGAUUGUAACUGACUCAACUAGAAAGAGACCGCGAUGGACUCUUCUAGCCUUCUCACCAGCGGUACGACUGCCAUCAUUGUGGGAGUGUUGUCUGUGUUCUCGGCCUUGCGGUUUAUUUCCAACCGAAAAUUGCAUCCAAAUGAGCCUGUAAUAUUGCCAUCAUGGAUCCCCUUCAUCGGACAUCUCCUUGGGAUGGCACUCCAGGGCGGUCGGUAUAUCAAACGACUCGGACUUUCUCGUCCUAAUGAGCCCAUAUUCACGCUCCCUGUGCCUGGUUCUCGCAUCUAUGUUGUGACUGAUCCUGUUCUGGCUGCCGCUGUUCAGCGCAAUUCUAAGUCGCUGUCCUUCACGCCACUCGUCCCAGAUAUUACGAAGCGCGUGUUGGGGCUUGAUGAUAAAACAGUCAAGGUGGUCAGACAGAAUCUAGACCCUGAACCAGGAGAUCCCCGCGGGUUCCUUGCCGAUAUGCAUGAUCUGGUCUACACGUCCCUCGGCCCAGGCCAAUAUCUCACCCAGCUUAGCUGUGACGCAUCACAGGAGCUCUGUGUCCAACUUGCCGAGUUUGCCAAAUCCAGUUUGGCUGCAACGACGGAAUCCAGUCCGGUAGAUUUGCUAGAAUGGAUGCGACACAAUGUCGCUAUAGGCACUGCCAAUUACUUGUUUGGCCCGUCUAAUCCCAUUAGCAAUAGCCCCCAGCUAGAGCAAGACUUUUGGGCCUUUGAUCAUGGUCUUGGAGGGUUGCUUAUUGGACUUGCUCCCUCUAUAACUGCUUCUAAAGCAUAUCAUGGUAGAGAGCGGGUAGUCAGGGCUCUCAUGGAAUACUUGCAAAACGGCCACGACAAGGCAGCGUCACAACUUGUCCAGGAUCGCAUUCGUAUUGAACGAGCGUACGACAUGAAUGAUGAGAUGAUUGCCAGGUCGGCUCUUUCAUUUCUGUUUGCCGGGAUUGUUAAUACCACUACAACCACAUUCUGGGUUAUCUUGAGAACCUUUGCAGACAAAGAACUCCUCACCGAGGUCCGUCGAGAGAUUCUCGAGGCAAUCGGUAAGAGUCGCCACGCACAUGUAUCGCCGAAUGCUCUAAGUCUCGCUACUCUCAAAGAGUGUUGUCCAAAGUUGACAGCCGUGUUUCGAGAAAGCCUCAGGAUUGGUUCCGAAAACUUUUCUGUUCGGCUAAUCAAAGAGGAUACCAUGCUUGCCAACAAGUACUUCCUGGCUAAGGGCGCCGUCGUUCAAAUAGCCGGAGGCGUGAUCCAUGGUGACAGGUCAAUUUGGGGACAUGACGUUAACGAAUUUAACCCAAAAAGGUUUCUGGACCAAAAAUCCCGCUCCUCCGGUUUCCAUCCUGCUGCAUUUCGUGGAUUUGGUGGUGGCAAGACCCUCUGCCCUGGACGCCACUUCGCUACCAACGAGAUUCUGCUUUUUGCUGCGAUGAUUAUCUAUGGCUUUGAAAUUACCGACGAAGAUAAACAGCCGGUUCGAGUGCCUGCAAAAAACGACCGUGUUAUGCCUGUGCAUAUUUUGGAGCCAAGUCAAGCGGACCGACCACAGGUCAUAAUCAAGCCUAGAGACGAAAUGGCGACGGUCGAGGCUCUCGUCAUAGUACCAUAGCGAUACUGUAGAUAGAAAAUAACUUGUCCAUAAUUAAAGACGCUCAGAGGUCUUCAGAAGGGCUACUGCAGUACUGAGUGUCAAGUGAAGAGCCAAGGGCUAGGUAAAUGGCCAGUUCCGCCAGCUGGCAUUUAGUAUCUGGCACCUGGCAAGUAAUAAAUGGAGUUCUGAAUCCAGUCUCGUUCUCUUUAACAUCACCAUCUAGUUAUGAUUGAUACUAAACAUUUUCUG